AUGUUCCGGAUCGCGCUAUUGCUCCUGCUCCACGAAAAGGAAAAUUCAGGAGUAUCCAAUAAAAAAUUAAAAGACAGAACAUUCUCAAAAAAAGACAAGCAAUCUAGAAGCACCUGGGAAAUUAAAACUAUCCUGGAAACUAAAUUUACCGAAGAAAACAUACGUAUAUUCCGCAUUCUACUUCUAGUAGACUAUUUCCAUGUUAUGGCAUGA